CCGACCGCGACCGCGACCGCCAUGGCGUACCGCCGGAAGCCGCAGUCCUCCGAGCGCCACCACCCCCCGUCCGUAGGCCCGGCCUCCCCGCCGCAGGACUCCCUCGCCGCGCAGGCCAUGCGAGCCUCCGCCGCGCACCGUGACGCCUCCUCCCUCUCCUCGGCCUACUCCUCCUCCUCCUCCUCCCCCGCCGCCGCCGCGGCAGCCGCGGCUCGCCGGAGCCACCACGAGCCCUCCGCCUCCACGCCUUCCCCCAAUUCUUCGGGUUAUGAGUACACAUCCAUGAAGAACUUGAAUGAGGCUAAAUACGGGUUCUGGGGAGCUCUGGCUCGGAAAGCCAAGUCAUUUCUGGACGAGGAUGGUUCACCAGGGCAAUAUGAUUCUCCGGCAAGGCAGCAGCCGUCAAGAGACUCACCGCCAGUAGGUGUCCAGUAUACGCGCUCACCACAGUCACCAUCAGAGACAUGGAAAUCCGAGACACCUCCAUCCCAGAAGAGGUCCGAGGCCAUAGCUUCCUCCCUUAACUAUAUUGGUGGCACAAUAAAAACUGCACUUGAAGAAGGGCGGACCAUUGUGGAGAAUAAAACCGCUGAUAUUAUUCAUGAAACACGGAAAUUGAACAUAAGAAGAAAAGGAGCUGGCUCAAAUACACAAGGAGAAGCUGCACAAAGAUUUACUCAAAGGAAUAUUCCACAAAAUCCACUCGACUAUGAGACUCAAUUGAAGGCAUCUCGCGACGUUGCAAAUGCCAUGGCAGCAAAAGCAAAGCUGCUAUUGCGUGAGCUGAAGACUGUCAAGGCAGAUUUAGCUUUUGCAAAGGAACGCUGCGCUCAGCUUGAGGAUGAAAAUAAGAUUUUGCGGGAAAGUCAUGACAAGGGUGAUAGCCCAGAAGAUGAUGAUCUGAUCCGACUCCAAUUAGAGACACUGUUAGCUGAGAAGGCACGGCUUGCACAUGAGAACUCCGUGUAUGCUCGAGAGAACAGAUUCUUGCGAGAAAUUGUUGAGUACCACCAACUUACUAUGCAGGAUGUUAUAUAUGUGGAUGAAGGCAUUGAAGAGGUCACUGAGGUCUACCCUACGCAAGUAUUACCACCUGCACCUGCUCGCACUGGUUCAGGCCUUAGUCGCUCAGUAACUCCAGCUACUCCCAAGAUCACUAGCUCAUCUCCUGUAUCAACAUCCAUUGUUGUACCAGAAUCUUGUCCGGUCAUGCCAGCCUCCCCAGAGUCACUUUCACGGACUUCAUCUAAGCAAUAGAUCAAGCCCGGCACCACCAACCAAUGCUGAAGAUUAAAAGGUGGUUGGUGGUGUGAUACAAUCCAACAGUUCUACAGCAAUUGUGCAUGUAACCAAAGUUGCACCCGUCGUUGUGCCUGUAUGUUGUCGCGGAUGAGUCGUGUCCUGGCAAAUGUGCGGACAAUUGUGUUCAUGCAUGCUUGAGAUGAUUGUAUGAUCCGGUGUAACUUUCACAGUAUUUAUAAUUGCAUUGCAUCAUCAAUUUGGUAGUGGCAA